AUGAGGAGGAUCGCUGGCGCUGAUGGGAGACAGGAGGAGGAGGAGGGCCAAUAGCUUUUGUUCAUGUCAUUGUGAACAAAGAGCUCCUCGGGGUUCGUAUGUAAAUCCACAGCAGGCUUUAGCCCAACUAACAAGGCCUCAUGCAAGGAAAAACAUUUUCCUGAUUUAGGCUCAGCUUAUUUUUCCAUUACGGGUUGGAGAUGGUUUUUAUUGAUCCUAUUCAGAGGGACGUAUUGUGUCGGCACGUUAAACCAACCACUUUCUAGCAGACCUAUCCGUUUUUACGCACGGAGCGUACCUACGGUCGACCACACAGAUCUGUAAACAUCAGUUUUCUUAUUGGACUUCCUCGCAGGCUGUUCCUUCAAGCCGUUCAAGCUGUACUCCCCUAAGGAGACCCCCAAUAGUAGCACAUUCCCUACCAGUACCAUGCUAGACAGAGACAUGGGUCCCACCCCAAUGUAUCCUCCUACUUACUUGGAGCCAGGCAUAGGUAGGCACACACCAUAUGGCAACCAGACAGAUUACAGAAUCUUUGAGUUAAACAAACGGCUACAAAACUGGACAGAGGAAUGUGAUAACCUGUGGUGGGAUGCGUUUACUACAGAGUUCUUUGAAGAUGACGCCAUGUUGACCAUUACUUUCUGUCUGGAGGAUGGACCCAAACGUUACACCAUUGGCCGGACAUUGAUUCCACGGUACUUCCGAAGUAUAUUUGAAGGCGGUGCAACUGAGCUCUUCUAUGUACUAAAACAUCCCAAGGAGUCUUUCCACAAUAACUUUGUCUCCCUGGACUGUGAUCAGUGCACAAUGGUCACUCAGAAUGGAAAGCCUAUGUUCACACAGGUAUGCGUUGAGGGACGCUUGUACCUGGAAUUCAUGUUUGAUGAUAUGAUGAGAAUAAAGACGUGGCACUUUAGCAUCAGACAACACCGUGAACUAAUCCCUCGCAGUAUACUGGCUAUGCAUGCCCAGGACCCACAGAUGCUCGACCAGCUGUCCAAAAAUAUAACAAGAUGUGGCCUGUCAAAUUCCACCCUCAACUACCUCAGACUUUGUGUGAUUCUCGAACCCAUGCAGGAACUGAUGUCCAGACACAAGACAUACAGUCUCAGCCCUAGGGACUGCCUCAAAACCUGCCUCUUCCAGAAAUGGCAGAGGAUGGUGGCACCACCAGCUGAGCCGUCAAGACAGCCACCUAACAAACGACGGAAGCGUAAGAUGUCCGGUGGUAGCACCAUUAGCACAGGGGGAGGAACUAAUAACAACAACAACAACAAAAAGAAAAGCCCUGGCAGUGGAUUUCCCUUGUCAAGCCAGGUUCCAGAUGUGAUGGUAGUAGGGGAGCCCACUCUGAUGGGAGGAGAGUUCGGUGAUGAGGAUGAGCGUCUGAUCACACGGCUGGAGAACACGCAAUUUGAUGCGGCCAAUGGCAUGGAUGAUGAAGACAGCUUCAACAACUCGCCGGUACUCGGCUCAAACUCACCCUGGAACAAGGCCCCGCUCAGCCAGGAGAGCAAGAGCGACAACCCCACCUCACAGGCGUCUCAGUAGUGUCCCACAACCUCAACAAAGGGGGGCAAAUUUGUCAUUCCUCAGCCUUUAAUCCAACAUCUAUAGCUAGCUCUGGAAGCCAACAAUACUAUUAUCUGCUUACCUACUGAGAAGUCACUUUAACACUAGUAUUCUACACCAUAGGUGAAACCCAAUGAGCUCGGUCCCUUGUCCUCUGCUGUAGAGGAAGUUUAAAAAAAAAAAAAAAAGUUUUAAUUAUGGCACCACCUUACCCGUCCCUUCUCUCACUACAUACACAAAAUGUCUAAUUGUCUAAUUAACUUUUGGUUUUCUACUGUGACCAUGAAUAUGUGCGGAACUGUGCACACCUUGCUUACCCACAUUGACGUUUUAAAAUGGGUGGGGUGCAGUAGAUGUAGCGGAGCUUCAAAUUGUGUAGAGCUGCUUUGAGAUCUGCCAGUCAAAUUGUCAUUUCAUACAUGGCUGACCCUGCAUUUGCCCCUGGUCAUGUUUUUUUAACAGAUGUGUGAGUUUGAAAAAAAAAAAAAAAGUGAAUUGGAAAACACAAUUGCUUACGAAUGAGGAGAAGUGAAACAAUCAAUACCACUCCAUUUACACUGAAAAUGUUGAAGUUCUGGGGCAUACUAAACACCCAUCACUCACACACACACCCAGACAAACAAAAAGGAUUUUAGUGCCCUAGUCAUUUUUGAUUAAACUACAGGGGAAAACCAGGUUUCAAACAGACAACAUGCAGAUAAACACGCAGUAAUACAUUUUAGUUUGAAUUCACUAUGGAUUUUUCAAGAAUGUUUUAUUUAUAUGAGACACAUUUUAUUUCAAUUGUACUUUUUCUUAUCUACAAGUUCCCAAAAGCUAGAGACCAAGGAGAAACACAACUUUUAUUUCCUCCCCUCUGAAAUGUUUUUAUCCGAUAUAUGUCAAAAAAGAAGAGUUUGUCCUUUGUUCAGUUUUUCAAGAUUUGAAGUUUGGGGUAUUUGUGCUUGUAUAUUUUAAGGUAGUAGCAGAGUUAUGUCUCACUGUAAAAAUGUAUUUUGACUUAGAGUUACCUGAAGCCAUCCCAAUCUAAUGUAAAGAAAAAUUGAAAAAAAAAAAAACAAAAAAAAACACCCCAAAAAC